AUGAUUGGACUGUUUGCUGUCGCUAGUCGCUAGUGUCGCUGUUCUGUCCGACAACUUUUGCAACUCCUCGUGCGUCGUGUUGUGUGCGUGUUAUGUGUACAUGCGGAGACGUAAGGCCGCGUAAGUCGGACUCGAGGACGUGCCACGACGUCGGAACCGCGGUCAUACGCUCGCGUGCGACGGGCCGGGGCCGUCAUCAGCCUCGCCUAGGUAGGGAACGCGUUUGCUUGUCUGGCGUUAUCUCGUUCUGCUCUGUUUUUUGUUUUUGUUUUGUUCGCGUUGGGGGGAUUAAGGGAACGAGGUCGGUGAUACUUACAUACAUAGGCUACGUCGGCCUGGGUAGGUUGAUUGAUAGCCUUUUUUUUAGGUUAGGUGUUUUUCUCUUUUUCUUUUUCUUUCUUUUUCUUUCCUUCUCCUCCACGGGACUCCCGAACGCUUCGUUGUACGAAUAGGUAAUGUCGACAUAUGCCUUAGGCACCUACGUAUAUAAUAGGGCCUAGGCGUCUAUGAGAUACACGAGAACGUUGGUGUGGUACCGUGGAAGCGUAGGACGAUUCCGUAAUUUUAUUCGAGACGAGACAAAGGGGAUAAUUUUGCCGCUUGAUCGCGUGCGUGCUCGGGAGGAGAGGAGAGGAAAGGGGCUUGCUGGCUAGUUGGUUGGCUGCCUAUUCAGGGGAUACACUCACUGCGUUGUAUCGUGUGGGGAGAUUUACGAGCGUACGAAGAGGUAAGGUAAGAUCCGGUAAGUAACGUGGUGUUGAGAAGAAUGGAAGAAGACUAGAAACGAAACAGUUUGCGAGGGUGGUUACUCGGAAUGACAACGAUGGAAUGGAACAUUAGGUACCUAGGUAGUCUUCCGACUCUAUAUGGCGAUACUGUACUUGGGUGACGACGUGUUCGUGAUCACGACUUCGAGAGUUAGGAGUAUAGUAGAUUAUAAAUAGGGCAAUCUGCCGGUGGCUUGAGAUAGCUUUCGUUUUCAUUCAAGCAGAAGUAUUCCCAGAGAUAGGAGAAUCAAAUAUUUACACCAUCAUAUUUUAUACUUUAGAGCAAUUCCAACAUCGAGGCAUUUCGUCACAAACCAUG